AUGGGUGUUGAUGCCGCCCAGGGCGUGUUCGGGCACAUGAGUCCUGGGCAGGCGGUCUCGCCGACUCGUCAUGGUGGCUCCUUACGAUCUCUAAAGUCGGUGGUGCCAGGUGGCGAGGAUCCUUUCGUCGACAGGACAGAUGACAGCGGCCGCUCCGGUGCUGAUGAGAAGAAAGCAUCGCUGCUUUGGUCGCCUUCGCAGGCUCGGCGGGAGACGGUGCACACGGAGACCGAGAACACCUUCGGCCUUUGGGACAGCAACUUGCGACAGGAGAGGCAUGGUGAUGCGCUUCCGCCCAGCGGUACGGUCGAAAGGACGCCAGACUCGCCUCCUCCAUCACCGAGCACCCCAGGAACAUCUGACGGAGAAAAAGUGACACCCAGAGAAAACACACCUCCCUCCGGUCCACAUCAGCACAUCACGAACCUGGAACGAAACACCCCUGUCCUCGAGGCCAGGCGAGGGAGGGCUGCUGAUAAUGGCCAAUUCCCGAGAUCAGUGCGGCGACACUGUCCAGCUGGACGGGACAGGGGCACGAAGGCGAGGUGGUGGUAG